UAUGUGGCCUGCCAGUCGAUGCUGAUUGUUCUUGUUGGAGCCCAGCCUGAGUACAGUGUAAACACACAGGAAGUAAUCAGCACACAUGAAGAGUUUAUCAAACAUGUUGUAUUUGAGGAAGAUAUUACCUCCAUUGCAACUGAGUGGCACUUAAUCAGGCAGGAAGCAUACAAAGUGAACUUGGCUGGCUCCUUGUUCUUCGUUGGACUACUCAUCGGUAACAUUUUGUUUGGGCCCUUGUCUGACCGCUUUGGCAGGAAACCAAUCUUCCUCACAGGCUUGUUCCUUGAUGUGGUCUUUGGAUUUAUUACAGCAGUUGCUCCAAACUAUGAAGUCUUUGCAGUUACACGACUUCUUGUUGGACUUGUGAAUGGUGGGAUGUCCCUGGUGGCUUUUGUACUUACACAGGAAUUUGUGGGAAAAUCCUAUUGGGCUUUGACAGGAUCGCUCACCAAUUUAGUGUUUGCAGUUGGAAUUGUUGCUUUCUCUGUUAUUGGCUAUUACAUCAGGAAUUGGCGUACUCUUGCUGCUGUAGCCAAUUGUCCUGGAGUGCUGUUUUUCCUUCUUUUCAUCCCAAUUCCAGAAUCCCCAAGGUGGUUAUAUUCGCAUGGAAAGACUGAGGAAGCAGAGGAGGUGCUACAAUAUAUUGCACAAAGGAAUGGGAAUGAGAAGAUCUUUGUGCAACUAAAACCUUGUGCUGGAACGUUAAAAACUGGUCAGACAUCGCAUGGAGUGAUGGACCUGGUGAAGUAUCCGAAAUUACGCUGGAGAACUGCCAUUUUGAUGUAUGUGUGGUAUGUUUGCAGCCUUGUUUAUUAUGGCUUAACUUUGAAUGCGGGGGAUUUGAAAGGCAAUCGCUACCUGAACAUUGCUCUGUAUGGCCUUGUGGAAGUACCAGCGUUCCCCCUCUGCCUCUAUUUCAUUGACAAAUCCUGGUCAGGAAGACGGAAGACAAUGACAGCAUUCCUGUUAUUUGCAGGGCUUGCCUGCAUAAGUACCAUGUUCUUGCCUAGGCAUUUGGCAGGCUUUGACAUGGGAUUCUUGCUGAAUGUCACUUCAUUAGCACUGUGUGGAAAGUUAGCUGUCAGUGCUGCCUUUAAUAUUGUCUAUGUCUUUACUGCAGAGCUUUACCCAACUGUGAUCAGGAAUGCUGGAUUGGGAAUCUGCUCAAUGUCAUGCAGAGUUGGUGGGAUUCUGGCACCAUUUGUUCCCGCGCUGAAGUCGUUGAAUCCAUCAAUGCCAUUUAUAGUGUUUGGAAUUGCUGGGAUGUCAGCAGGAUUCCUGGGUCUCCUGCUUCCAGAAACAUUAAAUAAACCAAUUGCAGAGUCAAUAGAAGAUCUUCACACUCCAACCUACCAGAAGCUUGAAGACAAAAGGAAAAAACCUAUCUGUUGAUUUCCUGGAUCGAUUUACACCAGUUGGCUGGACUGCUGGUUUGCAAUUCAGAGUGAUGGCAGCAGUGUUCGUUCAAUUCCUGCACCGCCUGAGGUUACCAGGACCAAUUCUACUUCUCAGUCUCUCCCCUUGUCUGAAGUGUGGUGAGCCUUGGGUCAAACCAGUUGUUUCUCUCUUUUGAGAGAGCAGCCCUAUCAUCUGGUAAAAUGAUAGUGGUUACCUAUGUCACGGGGGGGUUUGCAUCGUAUUUGUUUGUUAACAUUUCUAUGAUGCAUCUAUAGACAUUUUAUUGCAUUGAAGAUGCUAUAUAAAUGCAAGUUAUUGUAGCAAAGCAGUCAUUUUAAGGGUUAGAAUGGUGCUGGAAAAGCACAGCAGUUCAGGCAGCAUCUGCCAUUUUAAGGGGCCUAUUUGGUUAGUGAUUGAAUUGUUUAUAUGUUUUCCAUUAAUUUAACAGGGGGUUGGAUCACAGAACGUCACUCAGUCAUGAAGAUGAGAGGCUUAGCAAAGCAGAACUUAGACUGGAAGGACAAUCUACCGGACGUAAGAAAAAUGUAUUCAGAUGAGGACCAUGAAUUGCAAGGAGAAAUUUUACAAGAUUCUGCAGGAGGUUAUAUAAACAAUUCAGAGACUUUGAAUUGGUAUGUUUUAAAUGAGCUGGAUCUUCAAGAUGCCAACAUGCUAAGUGGUUAAGGAAAGACUUAUUUAAGCUGAAGAAAUACCUCAGUUACUCACUUCCCAACAUUAGUUGGGUAACAGGAACUAUGAAUUGCCAUUGUUUACAUUUCAGCUUGUACAGUUUUGCAAGUAUUUUUGCCUUUGAGUCCUGCUGUCGCAAGCACAAAGCUGCUGCAUUAUCUGAGGAGUAUCAUCACUUUCAAAAGAUUUUGUGUUAGAAUUUAUUCACAAGACCUUUGGGGUAAAUUAUGAGUUUUAACAUAAAAUAUAACUUUGAAGCUUGGGAAGCUUUAAGCUCCAGUUUCUUUUUAAUGCACCUUGCAUUGUAAUGGAGAGCCUUAUAAUGAUUUGUAUGUAUUGGACAUGCUUUAAGCUCUCUGAAGUCUCUCUGUUUAGACACCUGUCACUUCUAACACGAUCACCUUUUAAGGAUCUACGUUUUUUCCAUUUACAGAUAUUCCGAAAUGCUUCAGUUUUGCUCUCCUGUAUUAAGGAGCCCAACAAUGCUACAGUUUUCAGUUAAUAGAAAAAUGUCUCUGGUUAGAAUUACUUAAUAUUGUAGGUGCAAUAUGUAUCUAGGCAUUUUAUCACUCCUUUGCUGUUGCAGUCUCAAAUGUCCCUUCAAGUGAAUUGGAUUGUGGUGUCCAAUUCUGAUGCCUUAUUGUUCCAAGAUUUGCAAGAAAACCAAAAGAUAAAUCUUUAAACCUUGAAUUAUUGUAAGUUCAGAUGAAAUCUUCCAGAAUAAUUUAUCUCACAAACCGUCCGUUUUGGAUAGCUAUUUGAUAGCUUUCCAUAUGCGUCCAUUUAGGUUUGAUUUAUAUUUUAAUAGCAUUGCUAAUGGUUCUCAUCUAAUGUGCAAUAUUUAUCAUUUAAGUGUGUAUUACGUUUAUUCUGCAGCAUUUAACUGCAGUUGAAUGACACCGCCCAGCAACAGGUUGCCAACUGACUUCAGUGUUGCCUGUCAUUUGUCCAAAGACAUUUUGGAUCCUCUGCUCAUAUUCUGUUUGGCAGGUAGACAAAAUGUAGGAUUGGUCUGCAACAUCUGUUAAAGAGAAAGGAAAGCUACUUUAUUCUUGUAUGUUUUGCAUUUCUGUUUCUCUUUGGGAGAUGUGCAGAACCUAGUGACCAAAUUGCCCAUGUUCCAACUCUGUCACGUACUUCUAGUGACCCAGCUCCAUAACUGGAAGGUGGAUCCAGCGAUCUAACUGACUCUGGAAGGUGGAUGUGUGAACCCAUUGUGGAAGAUGAAUAUAGAAAUAAUAUGCUCUUUGACUGUGGCAGAUGGAUCCAGUGACUCGACUUUCCACUCUGGCAGCUUGAACUGUGACUGCAUUAACCCCAGAUAGUCUGCAGCUUGAUCAUCCAGUUGGUUUCAAGGGAAGCUAAGGAUUUCUGCUCCGUUGCAGUUGAGGCCUGGUACUGUCAUGCUUUUGCCUGUCAGGUAUCUUUAGAUAUUUCAAAGGAUCAUUAGUUUGUUCAAAACAGUAUUCAGUUAUUGCAAAUAAAUUGAGUGUUUUGCAUUUUGCAAAGGUUUAAUCAGAAAUAGUUAGUUUGUAAAAUUAACCCUACCCAAGCUCCAUGGCUGGAUGGAUGGAUUUGAUCAUCUGGGCUACAAAUGCCUUGUCAAUGAUGAAAGUUCAUAGUUUCAUUUUGCACUCUGUAAUGACUUGAAUGCAUGUCUACUUGUUGUUGAAAGCUACGUAACUCAAUUUCACUGAUAACACAGUAUCUAUGCCCUAAGCUCCUGGCUCGUUAUGUCUUUUCCAUUGCAUAAUGCUUUUUUUUUAAAGCACAGGGAAGACUUUUAUUUCACAGGGCAAACACUGUGAAAUUUCUGUAGCAAGAACCUUUCUUACCUAUCAGACCCUUUUGUUAAAAAGUCGCAAGGACCUUGAAAACAGAGAACAAGAACAUACAAAAGAUGUUGAGACAAGGUUUAAAAAAUGUGUUCAGCGAAGUGAGACUGGAAUAUCUCAGUAUGAACUAAUAUCACUAAUCCCAGCUAGAGUAACAGUAGUAGGUGACAUUAAUGGUGGGAAAAUGGUCCAUGAUUACUGAAGCUGAUUACUAUCCUGUGACCCCUAUUGAAAAGUGCCUCAAUGGGCUCUGGACCUGAGAGGAAUCAGGCUUGGCUAUCUCCCCUCUCAGGACUUUCUGACUGAUGCUCAGCUGUGAGAGCUUCAUUGUGAGGGUUGCUUCCUUGAGAUCUCAUUGGGUAGUGAGCUGGGAUGCUGCUCGACUUGAUAACACUUCACCCCAAGAGUUAGCCCUUUCUGGGCCUGGAGCAAUAGUAAAGAAAUUGGUGUCAAAGCAAGGCAGUUUACGAGAUGGACUAAGAUGUCAAGUGUGGGAGAUGUAGGGCAAUUCAAAUAGGAGAUGAUAGGCAUGCUGACUGGGGUUUACUUAAUUAAAUGUAAUAUUGUAGAUAUCUACUUCAAUAGUUUUAAGUUAAUGUUGCCAUUAUAUAUGUAUUAGUGAAUUUAUUACUGGCAAUUAUGUUUGUUACAAUAUCUGUGUGGAGCUGAAAACGAAACAGAAACCUUUGUCCGUGGAAGCCGGAUACUUCGCUGAACCUAUUUGUAAUUUUUAAGUUAGACCAUAUGAAGAACAGCCAUUUGUUGAGCAAAGAACAUUCCACACCGUCAGUGGUUUGUGACAUGCAGCUAUGUGGAAUCAGUAACUCAGCAUUUAUACUGUACUGGACUUUGUCCCUAAAAUGUGGCUUGUCACUUUAUGUACCCUGCCUGGCGUCUGUGUGCUGGUGAAAGAGAGACAUUCACCAUCCCCAACCAACAACCCGAGCUUGCCUUGUCAGGAGCUUUUUAACUAGCUGGUUGGGUAUAAAACUGGCAUAGUCGAGGAACCACCACUCAUGGAUCCAUCCUUCAUUGUCAAGCUGAAAAUCUCACUGUCACUAAGUUAAACGAUCAGUUUCAUAUCUUCCUCGUUCAAAACUAUUAUGCUUUUGUUUAACCAGUUCUCAAAUGUGACAUCUCCACGUAUCGAUUAUGAGAGCUUGCUGACAGUUGACCAGAAUGCAUUGUAUCUCAUUUUUAUAUACUGAAAACCUGCCACAUGUGUAACUGUACCAUGAAAUGUGACGUCAAAUAUAAUAGGAAAUUUUCCC